CAAAAUGGCGGUGUGCCUGGUGCAGUGGUAGCAGUGCUGAGUUGAUCGUAACAAAUCAAGGGGGUCAGUAGGUUGGUUAGUGGGAGGAUGGGGAGGACUGAUUAAUAAACAUCGAAGGAUAUGGAUCAGACAUUGUCAUCAACAGUUAGAAGACGUGGCCAUCAGCAUCAUCCUAGACAUACAACAAGACGUAGACUCGAUAUUCUAGGUAGCAGAGGACCCGCGCAGUGUGGCCCUGCUGUUGGCGAUGCUGAAGAGCAUCGUCACGCUGAUUCAGCUGAUCGAUUUGACAUUGAUGAUGGAUCCUCGGUGGUGGUAGUUGAUGUUAAAGGUGAUAAACACGAUGUUGGUGGGUCUGAGGAGGCAGAAUUGUGUCUGAGGCCCGCGCAGUGUGGCCUGGAGAAGAAUGACAUCGUUGAAAAUGUCAGGAAUGACGACAAUCAGAGGUCCAGGAGACGGUGGGAUGAUAAGAGAGAUUCGCCCAAGAGGUUAUCGAGAACGAGGAGAAAAGAUAGCAGCCCUGAGCCUGAGCACGCGGUCGCGAGGGCCAGGGGCGAUGGACAUUCUGAUGAUGAGGGACAUGAGGAGGAUCCGGAGAUCGCUGAGCUUGCGAAACUCAGGUGCCCCAGUGAGAGAACUGAGGUUCAGGCGGAGAGGGAGGCGAGGAGGAGGAAGAGGUGCUCGGAUUAUCCUGGAUUGGCUUUUGGAUCGAGUAUAUUCUCCAGCGAUACCAUGAUGAAGUUCAGUCUUAUUAAGAAUGAACUGCAGAAUAUCAUGGGCAAUCAGCUCAAGAGGGCUGAGUCUGAAGUCGCAGCUCUCAACCGUCGCAUCCAGCUCCUUGAGGAGGAUCUCGAGAGGUCUGAGGAGCGUCUCGCAACCGCUACUGCUAAACUCGCUGAGGCUUCCCAAGCCGCCGAUGAGAGUGAACGCGCCCGCAAGAUUCUCGAGAACCGCAGUUUGGCCGAUGAAGAGCGUAUGGAUGCACUUGAGAAUCAACUGAAGGAGGCGAGAUUCCUCGCCGAAGAGGCUGACAAGAAAUACGAUGAGGUCGCCCGUAAAUUGGCAAUGGUUGAGGCCGAUCUCGAGCGUGCUGAGGAACGCGCUGAGGCUGGAGAAUCUAAAAUCGUCGAACUGGAGGAGGAACUUCGCGUUGUUGGUAACAACCUGAAAUCCCUUGAAGUAUCCGAAGAGAAGUUGACACAGAGGGAGGAGAAUUUCGAGGGACAGGUUAAGGAUUUAAGCAGCUCCCUGAAAGAGGCUGAGGCUCGUGCUGAGUUCGCCGAGAGAUCGGUGCAGAAACUCCAGAAGGAGGUCGACAGGCUCGAGGACGAGCUCGUUGGCGAAAGGGAGAAAAACAAAUUACUACAGGAGGAAAUGGAGGCGACUCUGCAUGACAUCCAGAAUAUGUAGAUCCGGUGUUCAAAUGUGGUGGCCUAACAAAAGACCCCCCCCCCCCCCUUCCCCACCCCCCAGCCCCACUCUUCUCCCACACAAUUGCAUUAUCUUUAUUUUUUUUUUCUUACGCGCUGAAUAAUGGUGCAACGCAUUGAACAUUUAAAACGACCAGAGCGAGCAGUCUGAGGCCCCCUCAAUCACCUCAUUAUCGAAAAUAACAAUUCAGACUCCACCGUCCACACGAGAUAAAUGGGAUGAAUGAGUGAGUGAUGUACGAGUGCCUGAGAAUGUUAAUAAUGCGAGUCAACGUGGUAUUGAAAAAACCGUUGGAUCAAUUCAUGAUGGGGCAAUAAUAUAUAUUUUUUUUAUUAAAGAAAUAAUUAUCAAAUUAUCGGUGAAUUGUUUUUCCGAUAACAUUUCGUGGUUCGUGAUGGCUCAAUGUCAAAUUGUGUAGUCGAGACUACAAUUCGAUAAUCAUUUACGGAAUAUCGAGAUGAGAUUUGUAACGAUGAGACGUUUUAUUGAGAAUUUAUUCGAGUGCGAAGUUAAUUAGGGAGUGAAAAAUAAAAUGAGCGUUUUUCAAUCGUCAAUUUCUCGGGAUCGAACUAUCAUCGAAUCGCAUUAUGUUGGAGAUAUUGAUGAUUUGAGAAAGUUCUUUUUAUUGUCCUCACCCCUGAGUCAAUAAUCAUCGAUUGAUUUUCGUGAAUAUCUCGGAAUCUAUCGGGGAUGGAAAAAAAUUUGUGGAGUACUUUUUGCAGUUUUUUUGACGUACGACAAAAAGUUCCUGACGAUAAUUUCGUUAUCGCCCUUAGAUCUCGCGAUAUUCCGGAAAAACUCCCUCUCGAGAUUUCUCUUCGUCUGCCCCUUUAGGAUUGAACAGUUCAACUUUGCGAAAAAUUGAGUUUUUAGUUUCAUUACCGCUAUUCCUUUGAGUACUGCCGAAAAUUGAGUAAUUGAUGUUUAGUUGAGGAAUCGUGUUCUCAGCUCUUUGAGCUCCUCCGAUUCUCCAGUAUUUAUCCGAUUUUUUAAAACGGUGAAUAUACAUUCCAAAUUGUUCUGCGUGAAUAUUUGUGAGAGUUGAAAGUAUCGAUUAAAUCCAAUAGUUUGUCUUUUUUUACUAUUUUUAAAAUUAAUUGAUACCAAAUCGAGGGCUUGCGUGAGGGACCACGAGACAACAACAUUAUUCCAUCGAUAAAUAAUAAAAUUCGUGAGAACGCGAGAGAAUUUUUAUCGCUCGAUCGAGACUUUAUUCUACUCGUUAUUGAUUUUCACCCCCUUGUCAAUAAAAUAAUCGAGCCCCUGAGGUGUGAGUCCAUUGAAUUAUGGGAAAAUCGUUAAAUCGAAAAAUUAAUGGGAGUAAAAUAAACCGAUUAAAUUACUUGAGUUAAUUAAUGAUAGAUUAUUAAUUUACUUAAUAUUAAUGAAGGAUACGAAUGAAUUGAAACACAAUCAACUAAUAUCAUUGUAAUAUUAAUUAUUAUAUAUUGCUAUUAUUAUAAAUCUGUUUAUAAUAUAUAUUUUCAUUUUGAA